UCCGAGCGCUUGGUAAGCGCCUGGAGAGGGCAACGAACUACACUUCCCAGUGCUCCUAAGCAACGGAAGUGACGUAAGAGCAGCCAGACCUGGAGGGCUUGGGUAAAAAUGGCUGAAUAUUUAGCUUCGAUAUUCGGGACUGAGAAGGACAAGGUUAACUGCUCUUUUUACUUUAAGAUCGGGGCCUGCCGGCACGGGGACCGGUGCUCCCGGCUUCACAACAAGUCGACAUUCAGCCAGACCAUAGUGCUGCUCAGCCUGUACCGGAAUCCACAGAACGCAGCCCAAACUGCAGACGGAUCACACUGUCAUGUGAGCGACGUGGAGGUGCAGGAGCACUAUGAUAGCUUCUUCGAGGAGGUGUUCACAGAACUGCAGGAGAAGUAUGGGGAGAUUGAAGAGAUGAAUGUGUGCGACAACCUUGGGGACCACCUCGUGGGCAACGUCUAUGUCAAGUUCCGGAGGGAGGAGGAUGGACAGUGGGCCGUGGCUGAACUCAAUAACCGCUGGUUCAACGGGCAGGCUGUGCACGUUGAGCUGUCUCCUGUCACUGACUUCCGGGAGUCAUGCUGUCGCCAGUAUGAGAUGGGGUAUGGUAGUUCAAGGGUGGGAUGGGCACUUGGAAUAGCAGACUUUGAAUGCGUGGUAGGGGCUGUCAGUGACAAUGGCUUCCUCCAUCUCUCUACCCUCUAUGCACGGAAUGUACCCGAGGUGGCUUCUGCAACUUCAUGCAUCUGCAGCCCAUUUCCCAGAACCUCCAGAGGCAGCUCUAUGGGCGGGGACCCAGGCGCAGGCUGGAGUGCAAAGGCGCGGUCUUGGCUCAGUGCAACCUCUGCCUCCCAGAGAUGGGGUUUCACCACGUUGGCCAGCCUGGUCUCGAACUCCGGACCUCAGGUCGCCCCCGAGGUUCCAUACUGGCCACCAUCCCCGAGAGAGGAACCAUCGGUGUUCCCCUGAUCACCGGCAUGGCCGCUUCUGAGGCACUGGCCCCCUUACCCUUCACCCCCGACAGGGACAGAUGUUCCUGGCAGGACCUCUCCUCAAAGCCCCCUUCACUCUCCUGCCCCAUCCUUCCCAGGCUCCCGGGCUCCAUAAUGUAAUCUGUUCAGCAUGGAGACCUUCUUCUACUGCCCCUGUCUUAAUAAAGCUGCGUGUUUCACUUCGGCAUCAA